AUGACGGGUCAUCGGCCCCAGGCGUCCCCGCCCGCGUCCCUCCCGCCGUGGCCGCCCGGGACCUCCGACCUGAGCCAUGUUCACCCGCACCCACGCCCGGGGGCCGCGCACGGAGCCAGGCCUGCCGCAGGGUCCCUGCCCCGGCGUGGAGGGGGCGCCCCGGAGCCCCGCGGAGGACAGCCCCGGGCCCGCCGCCCCCCAGGCGCAUAUACCAUGAUAGCACCCAAUGAAAACCGAAGAAGUCAGAUACAAAGGAUUGCUGAGCAAGAGCUGAAGAAUCUUGAGAAGUGGAAGGAGCAACAUAGAGCGAAGCCUGUUAACCUGGUGCCAAGGCGGUUAGGUGGAAGCCAAUCACAGGCUGAAGUCCGGCAGAAACAACAACUCCAACUGAUGCAAUCUAAAUACCAGCAAAAGCUAAAAAGAGAAGAAUCUGUGAGAAUCAAGAAGGAAGCAGAAGAAGCCCAAAUCCAAAAGAUGAAGGCAAUUCAGAGAGAGAAGAGCAAUAAACUAGAGGAGAAAAAAAGAUUUCAAGAAAACCUCAGAAGAGAAGCAUUUAGAGAGCACCACCAAUACAAAACUGCUGAGUUCUUGAGCAGACUGGACACAGAGUUGCCAGACCGGAGUACCCGUCCAAUUGCUUUUCCUGACCCACAGUCUUCAACUUGGGCCAGAAGCCGGGCUUAUAAGGAUUCUCUAAAGGAGGAAGAAAAUAAAAAAUUGCAAAAGAUGAAGGAGGAACAACAUCAGAAGAGGGAAUUACUGGAAUUUAACCAACAGCAACAGGAGGAAGCAAGAACCAAAAUCCACCAAGCUGAACACAGGAGGGUAAAUAAUGUUUUUCUGGACCGGCUCCAAGGCAAAAGUCAACCAGGUGGUUUGGAGCACUUUGGAGGCCACUGGAAUAUGAAUAGUGGUAACAGCUGGGAUGUGUGAGAAAUAUUUACUUACAUCUGUCCUUUGUCAACUGACCUUGAAGGACCUCACUUGAUGCUUUUCCUUAAUGCUACUUUGUUUACCCUUGCUAUUUUACCUUGACUUCAAAUUGCCCACCUACUCAGCUGAACAAUUGAGGAUGACCAGUUUUUCCCUAUCAUUAUUUAUGGGUGUUCGCAGGAGCUGCUUGCUAAGCUCAUAUUAAAUUUCUACUACCAGUGGAAUUUUACACUAUUUUCCUCAUUGGUUUCACAUGUUGUUGGAAGCAUAAUUACAGCAAUGUUAGUAUGAUGAAAAAGGAGGGAAUCAUUUGAUAGUCUCACGCUUGCAAGAGCUUUGGACGCUACAUGCUUGUCUCUUUAAGCAGCUAAUUCUUAUGUAAUUCUCAGAUCAGGUUUGGGGAAGCUUUGGCAUUUUUUAGAUUUUAAGCUCUAUGUAAUCCGGGGUACAAACUUGGGCAAAAGAAAAUGAUAAAUCUUUUAUACUCUUUUAAAUACAUUUACAAAUAAAUUUUGAAAUACUUCUAAAAAUA